UUUGACAAUUUCAAUCGUACUUCCCUUUAGAAAAAAACCCUUUGGUUUUAAUUAAUUAAAAAUAAGCAUAUAAACAAAUAUAAAUCAAUUAAUUAUGAUAAAUUUAGAUAAGUAUACAAAAGCAACAACAAAAUGCAUUAUUGUCAAACCAGACGCAUUCAAUAGAAAGCAAAUCGAAAACUGAGGCAUGAAUUGAAGGCGAAGAAGAAAGUGUAUACAAAAAGCAAUAAAUGAUUGAAAUACUCCCACCAAAAAAUUAAUAAAUUAUUACAAAAAUUUAUAACACACUAACCGGUAGGCCACUGUUUGAAAUUAAAAAGCGAUAUAUAAUAUCGUAACAUUCAUCGCAAUUACAAAAUCGUACUAACAACAUAAUGUCACAGUGAAAAUUAGUUUGUUCUUUAGUCAGUAAGUAUACAUACCCCCACCCAGGAAAGAAACAAUUCUUAAGAAGAAACAUAAUUCUCACACUAUAACCUGCUUUUCCAUUUACAGAUACAAAUAGUUUGCCAAAGAUUGUUUUUAUUCCAUCUAUAAGUUAUUUUAUAAUAAUUGGUGGUGGUAUUGUCUUCAAAUCGUAAUAGCGGUGGAGUACUACACUUUUAUUUCUUACAAAACAAACGAAUUCGUUAUCUAAGACAUUAAAAAGAAUUGAUUUUGUUUAUCAAUCAGCCAGUCAGUCAAUUGCCGAUUAAGUAAUUUAUUUUGAAAAAGGAAAGCAGCUUAAAUAAUAAACAUUCUUAUGGCUAACAACGCAACUUCUUCAAAAUUUAGUGAUGUGGAUGAAUAUGGAUUUAAACGUCCUGAAAAUUUUGACUACAAAUCGUAUGAACUGUUCAUGUCCUCAUAUUUAAAGACGCUUGCAAAAAGGCGUAUUAAAUGGGAAGCUCUUAUGCAGCAGAAUAAUGAUCUCACAAAUGUAAAUCCUAAAUUAAAACGAUACAUACGAAAGGGGAUUCCAGGUCCCUACCGUCCUGAUGUUUGGAUGAAAAUAUCUGGUGCUUAUACACAGCAACAACGCUCACCUGAUCUGUAUCGAAGUUUAUUAAAUACAACGUAUGAAAAAGAAAUAAGCGAUUCCAUAUCAAUAGAUCUACCUCGCACUUUCCCCGACAAUAUAUUUUUCGAAACGAAAAAAGAGCGCUUGUACAACAUAUUGAUAGCGUAUGCUCAUCACAAUCGAGAAGUUGGCUACUGUCAAGGUUUGAAUUAUAUAGCUGGCCUAUUGCUCAUAGUCACCGAUGACGAAGAGAAGUCAUUUUGGUUAUUAAAGCACAUGGUGGAGAAAAUUGUACCACAAUAUCACACUAAAAAUAUGGCAAACUUAUUGCGAGAUAUGGCCGUUUUUAAAGAAAUGGUAAUACGACGAGUGCCGACUGUAAACAAACAUAUUGAAAAAUUGGGACUGCCAUAUGCUGUUAUUGCCAGUAAAUGGUUUAUUUGUAUUUUCGCUGAAGUUCUUCCUGCUGAAACAGUUUUACGCAUAUGGGAUUGUGUUUUCACCGAGGGAUACAAGAUCGUUUUUCGCGCUGCAUUGACCAUGUUUAUUACGCACAAAGCAGCCAUCUUAGCAGCUGACGAUAUCGGCGCCUUGGCCAAUUUCUUCCGUGAGACGUUAAUACAUGACGAAAUUGUAACUGACUGUCACACAUUUAUGCAGGCCAUGUUCAAUUUACGCUUGAAGCGUACUGAAUUGGAGAGUCUACGUAAAAUUUGCGUUGGUCGCAACAACACUUAAACUGCAAUUAGAUUUCAUUGUUGGGCAAUAAUCUAAUCUUUAAUAUUUUUAAACAACUAAAACAAAUAAUUAUUAUUAUUAGGUAUAAUGUAUUACUUAAUUGUGUAAUAAUAUGUAUGAAUGUAGAUGAUGUAUUAUUAGCUAUCUAACAUCGAAAACAAAACUUGUCCAAGAUUUCAAGAUGUUUCUUAUUUUGGAAUUGAAAGUUAACAUUUGUGAAUGGGUUAAAACCAAACAUAAAUCAAUUCAAUUAUAAUUAACUAAAUUUAUGAUUAUUGUUUAUGUUUUCCCCGUUAGUUCAUAGAUACAUACAUAUACAUAUAAACAUAAAUAGCAAUGUGUGUUUUUAGAAUAAUUUUAAAAAUAUAUACAUACAUUAUUGAGUUCAAAAUGUACUGAUUUGAAAAAAAUAACAUUUUGAAAAUAAAUGUUUUGUUUUGUAUUUUAAUAGCUUAUUAUACAUAAAGUUUUUUUGCUUUUUUUUAUUUUAAAACUACUCGAACAAAUUUUUAAUAAUGUAUUUGAGCAGUGAGUGCAUAUGUUUUUAUUUACUUUUAUUUUAUUAAGGUACGGUCACACAUGACAAAUAUUUUACCAAAGAAAAUUAAAUAUGUUUUAAUUCUUUUAUUUAUUUGCCAAACUUCAUUCAUUACCUUCAUUGCAAAAUACUUGUAAGAGUAAACAGCGUCAAACAAAUUUGUACCAUUUUUUAGUAAAUAUUUGGCAUGUGAGACCGUAACUAUAUUAUGGAUUUUUUUUAAUUUGAACUUAGUAACGGUUUAAGCUACGAAUCCUACGUCUUACAAUUAGAUUUAAAUGCCUUUUCAAAACUAAAUGCUAUCCUAAAUUUAUCUUUGAUUAUUAUAUUAACAAAUUUAAGUGGUGCGUCGUUCGUAAUCAUUUAUUAACUAACAAUUACAUAAAUAUACACAAUGAAAAAAACUACUAACACAACUAUUUAUUUAAUAUGUAUUUAUUAGCCAAUGUGAAACAAUGUACAUGCAAACAUAUGUACAUAUUUAACUAUGUAGGUGUGUUCUUAAAAUGCUAUAACUGCCUUAGAUGAAAAGUUAUGAAAACAUUAAACACAUGAAGAAAAUAGCAGCCAAAAUAAACUUUUAACGAUAAAUACUUACCUAAAAUAUACAAUGCAUACAUAUAGUAUUUAUGGCCAAAUGAAGAAUUGUAUUCGUUUAUUGUUGUGUUUAAUUAAUUAAUUAUUUAUUUAAUUUAUUUAUUUUUGCAAACAACUUAUGAGAGAAGAAAUAACUUUUGAAUUCAAAUAUUAAAACAAAGGCUUAGAUACUGUAAAUGACUUUUAAAGUACAAUAUUAGUAAGUAAUAAACUAAUUAUUAAUUAAGUUUUAUGUUUUUAUGAUUGUUUUUAAGAUUUACCUAAAUAAAUAAUCUAUUAGUACAUGUAUUGCUUCUUCUGUGUCUCUUUCUGUUUUAGCUGUAAUUGAAAUACAUUAAUCAAGUGUACAUGUAUUUGUGUUUUUUGUUUAAAAAAGACAUAACAAAACAAUUUGUUGCUUCAAUAAAACCAAAAAUUUAUAUUAUUUAUCAAAACUGUUAUAUUUUAAUUCAUUGUAAACCGUAAUUAUACAUAAAUACACAUAUUUAAGUAGUCUUGUAAGUAAACAACAAAAAGACAAAUAAAAAACAUAAAACAUACAAAUGCCAACUUAAAAAUA